CGUUGAACUUUGCGCUCGCGUGCGGCUUCACUUCCUCUGGUGUGUGUGUUUCUGUCAGUAAACGUGUCGAAUCUGGAUUUAUAUCUGUGAGGUGAAAAUCAGCCGGAGUUUAGUGACUGUGAAGAGAAAAUAAAAGUAUCAUGCUGCUGUUUGUGGAGGUGACCACAAAGGGAACCACUCUGAACCCUAACGCCAAGGUGUGGCAGGAGACGUCGGCUCCUCUCUCCCAGAGCAGCGAGGAGGCCACAGAGACUCCUGAUUGGCCGCAGGGAGACCACGUCCCCUCCGAACACUUGGGCGGAUCUAAAGACAACAGUGCUGUGUGUGGAGACUCCGCCCCUCACAUAGACCCCGCCCUGCUGAACGGCCUUGACCUGGCAGAUUUGGAGUACACUGCGUACCAACCAGUGGGUGAAGAGAUGUCUGAGGAGAAUCUGAGGGAGUCCCUUAAGAAACAGCUGGAGUUCUGCUUCUCCAGAGAGAACUUGUCGAAGGACCUGUACCUGCUCUCUCAGAUGGACAGUGAUCAGUUCGUCCCCGUAUGGACCGUCGCCAACAUGGAGGCCGUGAAGCUCCUGACCUCUGACCUGAACCUGGUCGUGGAGGUGCUGAGAGCGUCCCCCCUGGUCCAGGUGGACGAGAAAGGCGAGAAGGUUCGGCCCAAUCACAAGCGCUGCAUCAUCAUCCUCAGAGAGGUUCCUGAGAGCACACCUGUGCAGGAGGUGGAGGCUCUGUUUAAGAGCGAGAAGUGUCCUCAGGUCAUCAGUGUGGAAUUUGCACACAAUAACAACUGGUACAUCACCUUCCAGUCUGAUACUGACGCUCAACAGGCCUACAGGUAUUUGCGGGAGGAAGUGAAGACGUUUCAGGACAAACCCAUAAUGGCUCGUAUUAAGGCCAUAAGCACACACUUUGCUAAGACCGGUUACGGUGGUGUGGAUUCGGGUGUGUACACUGGGGGCGCUCAGUCUCAGUACGCGUCUCCACUCUACCUGCAGCAAGUGUUCCAGCCUCAGCAGUACCCACUCUACAGCCACCUCCCCCCCUCCUGGAGCACGUCGCCUGCACCGUACUUCGAAACGCCGCUGGCUCCAUUUCCCAACGGUACCUUUAAUGGUUUUAACGGAGCAGGAAGUUACAAGAGUGGCUCGUCUCCUGUCGGGAUCACGCGACACUUCCCUCGCAACCGGAGCCACGUUAAGCCGCUGUUCCGCGCCGACGCUUCUCAGCCAGACCGGACCCUCGGUUCUGACCUGAUCACUUCCUCUGACUCUCCGCUGUCUCCCAGUGAGAACACACUCAAUGACCCAGGCAGCAGCAGGGCCAGGAGAGGGAGUUACCGUGGCCUGAGACGCAGGAGGGACGAGGAGCGAGCGAAGCCCCUCCCAUCGCAUGAGGUCAAAACCCCGCCUCCCAAGUUUGAGCUUGAGACCUGUAACUUUCCCCCUCUGCCUGGGGGCGUGGCCGGGCCGCUGCCUGGGGGCGUGUCCACUUCUACAGAGAGAAUUCUAGAGAAUCGCAUGGCUGAUGUGGUGAAGGGCGUGAGCAGGGACAAGUUCGACAGCAGUAAACAAGAAGUGAGUAAAGAUUCCCCAUCUGCUCGGGAGGAAGUGACAUCAUCUGUUCCUGCCACACCCACCUUCACACCUGCACCUCAGGACACGCCUGGGUCCAGUCUUUCAGCUCAGGUGAAGACCCCAGAUGAGCCUCAGACCCCGCCCAACGCCACGCCCAUCCUCAGUCCUGCUCCCAUCAUCACUGCUGCAGUUCAGCCUGGCUCUGACUCCGCCCACAGACCCACACGUUCCGCCCCCCCCAGCACAUCUGUACAGGAGCCUCGGAAACUAAGCUACGCCGAGGUGUGUCAGAAACCUCGUAAAGACCCUCCUCCGAUCGUGCCUGCGGCCUGUCCGAGCCCCGGCCCCGAUCCUGACCCCGCCCAGUCUCCGCCCACCGCCAGCCAGCCGCUCCGCGAGCUCAGAGCGAACAAGGCGGAUCCUGAGGCGAGCCGUCCUGCCGAGAAGGCAAGCGAGGGGAGGUCGCCGCGUGAUCAGUACCGCCGUGGUGGUGCCACCAAGGGGGCGGGGUUUAAGCUCAGAGAACAGCAGAGACGGCCCCCUCAAGGACGACGCUCUCCUCAUACGGUCUACAACAGACGCAGCGGGAAAGAACAGAACAUCCCGCCGAGGUCGCCCAAGUGACGCGGAGACGCCUGAUGUAAAGAGUCUGAGUCUGUAAAUCAUAUUGAAUAUAAAAAUAUAAAUAAUAUAUAAAACUGCACUACGCCUGGACGCGCUACUGUGCUGAUGUAUAGGUGGAACCAACCGUAUACACACGCGCAAAAUAUCGGAAGAUAACGAUGACACGUGACCCUCAGGAGCCUUAAAGCUGUGUGUGUAAAGGCGUGGUCACGUUAAUGGAGUUCGGCUCCAGACGUGUUUCGGUUCUCUUCAGAAUAAGACACUAAGCUUUAAACUGAUUCUCUUUCAAGAACUUAUAGUUAAAACAAAAAACUCUGGAUGCCAACAUUAAUGCUGUGCACUUGUGGUUUGUUGCUAUGGCAACGGUCUGAAAGCUCGAGCGUACAAGACGCUCAGUAAAGCGGCAAGGACGUGACGAGACACGACAGCGCUUAACCUUGACCUCAUAGCUUUAACCGAGUGACCUGUGAACUCACAAGCCAAUAGGAAACGAGGAGGCGGGGCUAUGGUAUGCUUUAUUUGUUAUUGUGAGUAACAUGAGUUCAGGUUCCUGUUAUUUUUUUUAUGUUUUGAGGGAACACGUAACUACUGUUUCCUGCGUCAGGCGUGAACAUGUUUUUCAUGCACGUUUAUUCAGAAGUCACAUGACCUGGUUUUAAAACGUUCCUGCUGCACUUUUAGGGAACGCUCAGGAGUACAGAGAGGAGUGUAGCACGUUACAGGCGUGAAUACGCAGCCUCAUCCUCUCGUCACGUUAAAAUGAGCGACCAGCGUCAGGGCCACGUGUCAUAAAUACAUCACCGUAUUUACAGUCGUGUGUAAAACCACUCCGAUUUAAGGUUUAGGUUAACAUUGCUCCAUGUUUGGGUGGGCGUGGCCCCACCAGUCAGGAACACCAGUAGCUUAUAUGUAGCUUCUGAAGCUAACUAGUUAAAAUGCACAUCAAUUCGAUUGUCAGAAUUUUUUUUUUAUAUAUAUAAUUUUUUUUUACCUUAUUGCACAAAAGUUAUGGUGUGCAUAAUUAAUUAAUUAAUUAAAUAAUUUAGAUCGUAGCUGUGUCUAGCUUCUGAAGCUAAAUGUUUAAAUGGAGGUGAAAUCUGUCUUCUCCUUUAAUGUCCAAACAAUGAUGCGCUUAAUUAAUUGAUGUCACUGUUACCAGCUGUCUGCCCCUCGUCUUUCUGCUUUCGUCUUUUCAUCCCUCCUCUGCUGUAAAAUAAUGUGUCCUGGAAGGUUUAAGUGUGUGUAUGUGUGUUAAAUGUAUACAGUGUGUGUAUAAUACGUAUAAUGAUGUAAUUGAUUUAUUUGUGUGAAUUUUUGAAUCAUUUGAGUGAUUCGGACUCCGAAUCCAUUUUUCUUUUUAUUUAAAUGUUAAUGUUUUAUCACAUGAAUCCGUGAAUUUUCUGGAUCAUGAUUUAAAGUGUGUGUGUGUGUGUGUGUGAGAGAGAGCACGCCCACCCACACACAUGUGGAUUUGGUGUGUUGAGUGUCCUGAUCUUUCUCAUCAUAACCAGAUCCAGACCAAAGUCCGAUCAGCAGAGAGACAACCUCAGGAAACCCUGUCACUGCAGAGAUGUUCCUUUACCCCCAUAGCCCUCUGACCUCUGACCCUCAUUAAGCACUUGAUAUCGAACUGUUGUGUGUAUGGUGUUUAAAUGACGCUGAACCUUGUGUCCCAGCGCUUCUGUUUAUCUGCAUAGUGUUCGUAUUUAUUUGUGUUUACUCCUGUCUCACACUGCACUCAUGUUUAUUCUUCCUCUAGUGACUGAUGAUGUCGACAUUGUGCCACUUAUAAAGGCGAGAUAAUUUUUUUUUCCCUAAUGAUUAAUGUUCUCUGGGCUGAUGAUGAACGGACUGUGGUGUAAAUCAGAUCACAUUACUUUUUUUCUGGGUGUUUCUUCUUGUUAAUGUUUAUUUAGAUAUUUCUAGUAGCAGGAUUGCUAGAAUAUUUUUCUUCCUUCUUGUCUUUCGAGUACUUUUCGAGUCGUCCUUGCGCUCUAAGGUUUCACAGGGAGCCUAAGCGCGAGUGUCUGAAGAGUGAAGCGCAACUUGUCAGAAAGAUUUACGGCCUGUAUAACAUGAUCAAGUGUUUAAAAAAAAUAAAUAAA